AUGAGGCUCGAAGCCAGAACCGUCGUGCCCCCAUCGCUUGACACCGUCAAGAUGGAGGACCGCAAGCGGCCCAGCGCGUCCGACGACUCUGUACCUCCUGCUAAGAGGCAAGCCGUCGCCGUGAAUGGUGUGAGACCGCAUCCAGACGCUGACAUGCCGUGGAAAGACGACAUCGAGGCUUUUCAGAAAGAUGCCAUCCUCCGCCAGAUGCGCGAGUAUAAGCGUGAAAAGGCCACGGUCGAGUCUCAGCUCCACGAGAUCGAGAACCGCUCCCAACACCACGACGACCACCUGCGUACAAUCGAUAUAUGGUUCGAUCAGUUGAUUGAUGAGAUUAAGAUCCUAAGCGGGGAAAAGCUUCCCUCGGCUCAGCAAGAUGGUGCUCCUAGUAUACCCGGAUCCCUAUUCUUUGAAGACAGCGAGGCUCUGCGCAAACAUUUGUCUGGGCGUAAGGACAAGAUCUUGUCAGCUUUAGCCACUUUGUUCGCGAAAUAUCCCCCAGCCAGUCCUGAGGUGGCUAGUCUGCAGCAGCAAAUGUCAAGAAUCCUGGCUUCGGAAAAAGAACAUAUAUGUGAGCUACAGAGGAUUGGCACGGAAAAGGAACAAAUGUCCGAACGGUUGGUCGCCGCUACCCACCGUUAUAUGAUUGCGGAGAAGAAGCUCGACCGAUUGAAGAGCCAACAGGUCCAGAAGCUAGAGAGUCAAACCUUGGCUAAUGCCACUGUCAAAGAAGAGACCCCUUCUGCAAGCAACGGUGCGGAACCGAUGAAUGGUGUCGAACCCAGUGGAUCAGCAGAAGGGUCAGAAUCGGAUCGUAAACAAGCGCUAGCUGAAGCUGCGAAACGAAAAGAACAUGUGGAGCAGCUAGAGGCUGAGAACAAGAAGCUAACCGAGGAGGUGUCUGCGCUGAACGUGAAGCUAGCGGGUCUUUCCGAUGACGAUUACGCCAAAACGGAUCUGUUCAAGGCUUUUAAGUCACAGCACGAGGACGUCAUCAAACGCAUCAACAACCUGGAAGCGACCAACAUCCAAUUGCGGACGGAAGCACAGAAGUAUCAAGCCGAAAGGACUGCUUAUCGCAUAAAGGUGGACGAUGAAACACGUGCCACGAUCAGUGAAUCCGAAGGCGCUGUUGUCCAAGCCGAAGCAAAUUUGACGCGCAUUCGCAACGCUCGUGACGAACUUUUGUCCAAGGUUAGCAUUCUGGAGACCACUCAGAAGAACGUGGAUGCCUCGAAACAGCAGACCCAGGAGCUUAUGAGCGCAUGCGAGAGCAGGAUUGCUGCACUAGAGUCCGAGUGCGAGCGAUUGCGCUUGCAGAUUGCGGAGAAAGAACAGGCAGAAGGGUCGACAGAACAAGAAGAUCUGACGCCAGAGCAGCUACAAAGCAAGCUCAAGACUCUCCAAAGUCAAUACCAGCUCGUGGUCAACGAGCUUCCGGCCAUGGAAACGGCGUGGAAAAAGGCGCAAGCAGUUGCUGGAAAGAAAAUCGUCGAAACCGCAACAUGGGAAGAGAACAUGACCAAGGCAUAUGCGGACAAAGCGAAGGCUGACCAGAAAUUCUUCGCCGCGAUGAAAGCUAAGGAGACCCUUGAACAACAAUUGCGAGUACUACGAGCUCAAGCCACUAAAGGAACCGAAGUGGUUGCACAAUUAAAAGAGGCGGAUUCAUUGAGCCGGUCGAUGGUGGACAGAUUGGAGAAGCAGACGGCUGAAAUGCGGGCUCAGAUGGAGGAUCUUUCGCGACAGCACCGGGAACUACAACAGAAGACUAGCGAGGCUGCUAUCAUCACCGAAGGGCAUGUCAGCCAAAUCGCCGAACUCAAGAAGCAUGUGGAAACCAAGGACGCCGCUUAUAUUGAAGCGAAGAAAGCGAAGCGCGAAGCCGAGGUUGAGCGAGAUAAGAUGUCAGAGAAGAUCGAAGGCUUGGAGCAAGACAUCGAUCACUGGAAGCAGAAGAGCUUGGGCAACCAGAGCGAGCACACUGCAUUGAUGGAGUCUAUGCUACAAUGCCAGAUCUGCAAGAACAAGAUCAAGAACACCGUUAUCAAAACAUGCGGUCACGUCUUCUGCGACGGCUGUGUCCAGGAUCGACUCACCAACCGGUCGAGGAAGUGUCCCAAUUGCGGCAAAGCUUUCGGCAACGGCGACCUCAUGCGCAUCCAUAUCUAG